AUGGAGCUCCUCAAGAAGAAAUUCGACCACUUCUUUCACCGCAAUAUAAACUGGCAAGAAAAACAUCGGCGCCUAAGGAUAAGAGAAUGGAGGAAAGAGACAGACGACGUGAUUUCUGCUCUGGAAAAAGAGUUUGAUCCAUUGAUCGCCAGAGGGAUCUUCAACUUGCGCCACUCCAGCAAGUUAUACCAGCUCCCUGACGAAAUAUGGCUUCAGAUCAUUAGCUAUAUCGCCCCCACCAGAGAAUCAUUCUUCAUGCUCCGUCAGGUCUGUAGACGCUUCCGAAAACUCAUGGAGGGGGACGAAUUUCGCGAUCAUCGUUUCACGUCACAUCAUGAGUGUGGCCGCAACUCUUGUGACGGGCGGGAAGUAUUCUGCUCAGGCUCGGGGUUUGUGCCUGGUUGGCUGCCAAACUUACGUCCAAGCUAUAGAGAGCCUCUAGAGAGAGGCUGGCUGCAUCAUAGAGUGGGAGACCUCUUGCAUAUCGAUACGCUCUGCAUGCGAUGUAGCAAACUCGUUCGGGUUAAUCGAAAAUAUGUCUUCAGCAGCUGCAAGUUUCAUCAAGAGAGUGAGCGCGGGGCAUGUCAUUAUGGGACCAGCGGCCCUCAUUUCAAACUUCCAUACAAUGGCUUCCAGCGAUCAUGUAUUGGAACCCGGGGCCAUGUCAGAUUGUGUGAGCACAAAACGAUCAAGUGGAAGGAAGUCGAGAAGCAUCUUGUGGAAUGCAGAAAAGUGAUUACGAACGACAGAAGACUCCAAGACCAUCGGAUCGUUGUCAAAGAAUGCAAUCACCCAAGCCAUCUGACCGCCGGAUGUCCUGAAGCUACAGGCCCUGUGUGCACACUUGUCUUUGACAAGUCGGGCGCAUACACGGUGAACUUGUAUUGGAGUCCACAUUCGGGUACUGGGGCUUUCCCAUCCUACGGAAAUGGAAAGUUCAAGGCCAGUGAGAUGCGGGACAAGUUUCGGCAAUAUCGCCGUGAAGGGGCAGAUCUAAUUGUGCCUGAGAUGGCAGUUGGUCAACUCCCUGAAAUGACCUGUUUUCCUCUUGGUGAGUGCACCUGUCUCAGCUACGGCAGUGACGAGCACACCGAGUUGGUUCUGUACGGGUCACAAAAAGACAGCAUCUGCCGGCGCAUGAACGACAACCCCGACCACAGACCGCUUUGCAGCAGGGGAGGGCUUCAUUCGAGCAAAGUGUAUAACUCUUUCUGUCGCUCACAGGUGCAAAUAGAACGUUGCACGUCCUCUGAGCAACAACAAGAAAUCGACACUUCGCCCUGUAUUGUCACAAGAUACCGUCGGUGUAUCGAAGGCUGUUAUUUCGUGUCGGAAAAGAAACCAAAGGUCAGCCACGCCUGGCUUCAUGCUAUGGACCGUACGUCGUACCAUUGGGGAAGUUUAGAACUGAUGGCCAUGGAAACCUGCAGUACGGCUGGAUGUCGUAAUUUCUAUUCGAUGGGCGUGUAUGGAUGUUACGAAAGACCCUACGACAUGAUUUGGAGCGGGUUGAGAAAUGACUGA